AUGGCUCUCAUGCUGGCCCCUUACAACGAAGCCAUGCGGAUCGGCAUGGGCUUCAACAGCUAUACCCAGCAGCUGUGCCUCAACGACGUAGUUCGUAAGGCUGGCGGAGUCAAAGCGACAGAGAAAGAUCUUCACACGCAGGUCCCACAGGCAACCUCUUCCGACAAGAAGGAUGAGGGCUACAUGGAGAACCAGAAAGGAGAGCUUGUCCGUCGUUCCAAGAUGAUCGAUGGUCAGAAGGAAGUCAGCCAAGUGGUGAGCUGGGAGGCCGGGUUUGUGGACAACAUCAGCGAAGUCACUGAAAAGCUGAAUAUCGCCGGUGCUCUUCAAAUCACUUGUGAUGCCAUUGGUGGUGGAGGUGGUGGUAAGGCGAAGUAUGUCAACGACUCUACCUUCGCCAAGGCCGAUGUCAAGUACGACAUCACAGUCCAGGUGACCAACGAACGUCGAGUUGCAGAUGAUGUGGUCGAGUUUUGUCCCUUGGCCCAUGCUCCAGAAGGCAAGUUCACCGAGCUUUACGGAGAUUGUUUUAUUUCGGGAUUCAUCGAAGGUGGUGUGUUCCAUGCUCUGGUCACAAAGACCAAGGAAGAGAAGUCGGCUGUCAAGGACAUGAGUGGUGAAUUUAAGGUGACGGCUUCUCGUGCUGGAGGUUUAUUGAAAGGAGAAGCAGAAAUCAAAGGAGGAAAAGUAGAUCAAACAAAGGAAGAGCAUUACAGCACGCAGAUCAGCGUGAAUUGGUCUGGUGGUGGUGAUAUCAAGUCCGAUGGCAUCGUGGAAUGGGAUGUCAAUAACCUGAUGCAAGUUGCCAUGGAGUUCCCCGACAAUGUUGCUUCUUGUCCCCAGAGAACUUUUGCCAUAUUGACCAAGUACACUGCCUUGCGCAGCUAUCACGAGCAGACGACUCGUGGAUCUCCUCUGGACUAUGAGAAUGCUGGUAUUUACACUUCGGGGCUAUUGGAUGCCUAUGCGGAAUACAAAACGCUCUGGAAGGACAUCCAUCAAACCAUCAGCGAUGUCAACGGAGGUAGUGCCAGUGCCAGACCGAGAGACGUCGUCCCCGGAAUGGAAGAAUACGCAGGAAACUUUGAUGCAGACUACAAAGAACGAGUCACUCAGUACGAGGGAGUCGUGAAAACGAUCGAAGCCAACCGUGAAGCAUACAAAGAUGUGACUGUGGAGAAGCCAUUGCCUCCCAACAAGGUGGUCCCCUACAGAGGUGAUCUGUUCGAUCUCGACAAAGCGCGCCGAGAUUGCAGAUUUGAGAUGAUCAAGAUUGUUCGCGAGGUGAACGAAGUGACCGUGAACCCCCAGAUUGCCACUGAUCCAAGCCGCAACUGGCGCUAUCUCAGCCCUACCAUCUUUAAAUUGCUGGUUCCUACUACGGCACCUCUAGAGAAAACCAAAAAUGAGAAGGAGCUUGAAGCGAACAAGUUGUUGCUAGAGCAAGAGCUCAAGAAUGCACGGGAUGAGCAUAGCCGGCAGAUUGAAGAAGCCCGGGGUGAGCAUAGCCGGCAGAUUGAGGAAGCCCGGGGCGAGCAUAGCCGGCAGAUUGAAGAAGCCCGGGGCGAGCUGUCUCGCUUGAGACCCAAGGCUCUCGAUGAGAUCAAUGGUGAACAGGCCCAGAUCCUUGUCGUGACCUAUGGCAGCAUGAUCUUCUACGACCAAGGCACCCCUGAUCACUUUGGCGUUGUGCCUAAAUUCCUCGGGGCUAUUAACAAUCAGGGUCAAUUCCGCAUUGAAAACGGCAUUUUCAACCACGACCCCAACCCAAAUAUUCAGAAGUUCAUGUGCGUCAUCUAUCGCUACAACAAGGAGGGGCAGUCCACCAGACUCCGUACUUUGGUUGGACAAGAAGGCAACAUUACGCAGUUUGAUCGCUGGUAG